UCAUUAGCGACCUUCUUAGCCGUGGCUAUCCAUUGUUCUGGCGCAGCUCGUACCCAUAGCGUCUCCCGCCAAGCCACAUUUGAUCUCACAACCCAGAUCGUUCCAGGACCGCCAAAAUGCCAGUCGGUCAAAUCCCAGCUAUCACGGGCAAGCUGCGCAAGCGCCUCAUCCUCGACCUGAGCGUCGCUCUCGGAGGCGGAACAGCUCUCGGAUACGCUUACUGGUACGGCAUUCACAUCCCAUCAGUCCAGCGCCGUGACGCUUACUACGCCAAGCUGCAGUCGGAGCGCGGAGCAUGAACAGGAACUUCUUCUCUCGAUCUUGACAAGCACUACGAUGAAGUAAUGUUUGGUGUAAUCGAUAGAUACAGUUGAAAGCCUUCUGGUACACUGAGUCCGGUACCACGUAAUUGCGAGAAGCGAUCGGUCGAGGGCAAGCAAGAGAGCAUUGAGGCUUUAGACUGGGUGAAAGCAUACUCAAAUUGGAGCCACGCAGGAGGAGGAAAUGCUUUCGAAAGUGACAACGAGCUGCGCUCGUGGUGCUCAGGCGGCUCUGGAGUCACAACAUUUCAGGCUGUUCUCAGUGCUGAGACAAGUACCUGGCAAAUGUGUCAUUUCAAAGCUGCACUUGUGGGUAUCAUGUCAAUCGUCAG